UAAGUUCUCCAAACGCAUCGCAUUCGCAUCAUCUAUAAAUUCAGGAAAGCUUCACGUCGAUCCCGCUUUUUGCCGUAUAGCUGUAUUCCACCGGUGCCGGAAGAUUGCAUAUUUUGGAAUUAAAACCACUCUUGGGUGAAACAUGGUAGCGCCAAAAAAGUCAUUCAAUGUUGGUGAUUUAGUGUUCGCCAAAGUAAAAGGUUAUCCGCCCUGGCCAGCGAAGAUCAUAAAAAUCGAAAAAAAGAAAUACAAUGUGUACUUCUACGGAACAGGAGAAACGGCUAACGUCAAACUGGAAGAUCUGUUUGGGUAUCGCGAUACCAAGGAUAAAUAUGCUACCGAGAAGAUAAUGAAACGCAAGGGAUUCAAGGAAGCUAUCAUACAAAUUGAAUCUGCCUUGAAUGGUGAAGACCCUAGCCCAAUAUUGCUUACAUCACAACCCUCAACGUCCGCUGAGCCAUCCGGCGUCAAAGUUGAGGAAUCCUUUAAUGCGACCGAGACAAGUUUCAAUGCAUCUCGCAUAUCUGCUAAUUCGACCACCAUGCAGACCUCCAUUAAAUCCGACAAGGAGGACAAUCAAAACGGCGAUAAAUCUUCUAGCAAAUCGAUACAGGAGGAAGACAAAAAUUCAAUAAAACAAGAAAAUACCACAAACAGUGCUCCCGAAAACAACAAGAGCCCCACGGUGACUCCUAAUGUGAAAGAAGAAAAACCUGAAAGUCCUGUUAAAGAGCAACAACCAGAGGUCGUCAGCAGAAGCGGACGUAAAAUAAAGCCCAAACGGUUCCUGGAUGGCGAGGAAGAGGAACUAGCUGCUUCACCACCGGCCAAGAAAAAGGUUCUAGCACCAAAAGUGAAAGUAGCCCCUUCGCCUGCUGUUGUUCCGCCAAAGAAGGCUAAUCCAUUCGAUAAAAUUGAAAGCGAACGUGUCUAUUUUCUCAAGCUUGAGCGUGAACUUGUGGAGUUGAAUUGGGAAAUCAAGUCUUGUGUUGGUUUAGCAUGCGCGGACCCUGAGCGAUGCGUUGAGCUGAUGGAGCAGUAUCAAAAACUGAAAGUGACACCGACCAUGCUGAAAAAGAAUCCAAACUGUGUGGAAACCAUGAAGCGAUUACGAAAAUACGUUGGAAAUACAAAAGCUUGGAAUAUGGCAGAUGAAGAGCGGAUUAGGUUCGACUUCUACGCCCAGCAGAUACGUGUCAAGGCCGAACAGAUCUACACCCAGUUCAAGACCAUGUUCCCAGUACCCGAGGGAGCCGUUAUGUUCUGGGAGAUUUUCUGCGAAGAAUUGAGCAAGUUUGAGCAAGCCACGAAAAACUUAAGUCAAGAAGAACUUUUCCUUCUUGUGGACGAAGCAGACAUAAAGAACGAUUCAGAAACAGACAAGAAUAACGGAAGUGACAUCAAGGAAGAAGGCAGUAGUGAAGAUUCCGAACAGAACACGCAAAGUGACGAAACCGCGACGUAAAUUUAUUUUCAAAACUAAACAAAAUACCGGUAAGAUUUUUUAUGAAUUCACUCGAAAAAAGGAGGACCCCAAUUUUAUCUGCAGAAAUUAUUAUUUCGAUACUUUACAAUGAUCUACGCGCAGAAUAUAUAAAACGAUGCACAGUGCGCAGCAACUGACACAGAGUCGCAUUUAUUUCGUGCCGCUGAACAGUGGUCCAGAAUGCAGAAUUAGGUGGAAGGAUAUGUUUGAGCCUGAAAUUGAAACUUUAGACAAAAAGUGUAUUUUACAAAGUUGUUCCUUAUAGUUAGGCCCUCAUUUUUAUGAUAAUGAAUAAACUAUUUUUUCCCCAACCAGAGGUAUUAACAUUUGAACAGGGCAUAUUUUUAGUAGAAAAACCUCGAUAACUCUUGAUAUCUAUAAGCUCUGUGCAGCAACUAGGGCAAAACAACUGUUUUUUUUAAAGUCACCCUAACUCAAUUCAAGGAAAUAGCUCUAAAUCGAUCGAAUUGAUAAAAAGAUACAAACAAGUUCUUUUUUACAAAGUUGCUUGAAAUUAGCUAUAACUUUGCAGAAUAAUGUAUACAUUAAUUCCUUUAAACAAAAAAGUCGAUAGUGGGCCUAACUAUAAGGAAAAACUUUGUAGAAUAUACUUUUUGUCUAAAAUUUCAUUUUCAGGCUCAAACCGUAUCCUUCCACCUAAAUCUGCAUUUUGGACCACUGUGCACUGGUUUCAAGAGGUAUGAGAUACCUGUUCUUAUACAAAACAAUCCGGGGAAUCGAAUGCCACUGGUUUUGUCAGCUUCUCCCCAUUUUCUGUUGAAAUUAGAAGUUAUUUGGUUUUAUAUGCGACUGAAGGUUAUCUACAGCGAUAAAAUACAGUGGAUGAUAUGGUAGGAAGCCAAGAAAAUCAAUAACAACUAAAAAGAUAGAUUUGCAAACUGCCGCUAGAUUUUAGACAUAAAACACAUACCUAGUUUCUUAUGUAAAAAAAAGUCCAACGAAUCGAUUGGAGCAUGUAUCGGUUAGCAGGCAUGGAAAAUCAUUUGCAUUCAUUUCGUGCAUUCAUUUACAUUCAUUUGCCUCUAACUUUUUUCUUCAACAGCAUUCCGCAAAAUGAUGUAUAGAGCUUUUGUAGGUUUUGUUAUUAGCUACUAACAGUUGUUAGCUGUUAACAAGUAUCUCUUAUGCAUGACGAAGCAGAGCGAACAGAAGCCACCACUGUUUUUCAGUGAAUGUAUUUUACAUUCACUGAAAAACAGUAACAAGUUCUGCCCGCUCUAGUUCGUGAUGCAUAAGAGAUACAGAUUUGAGUUGUGAGCAAAAUAUGUAGCUAUUUAAUAACAAAACCUACAGAAGCUCUAUACAUCAUUUUGCGGAAUGCUGUUGAUGAAAAAAGUUAGAGGCAAAUGAAUGUAAACGAAUGUAUGAAAUUAAUGCAAAUGAUUUUCCAUGCCUGUCGGUUAGUGUAGAGUUUGGGAAGUGGACAAAACCAGCGGCAUUCGAUUCCCCGGAUUUGUUUACAUAACGAUGGGUAUCUCACACCUCUUGAAACCAGCGGUACGAAAUAAGUGCGACUCUGGGUCAGUUUUUGCCCACUGUGCGAUGGCUUUUCGUUCUUUAAUAAAUUAUCAGAUGCGCUGGACAACAAAAUUAUAAUUUCACAAAAAAGUUUACGAUUUGUAUUUUUUAAAACAAUCAUAUUUUGUUUUGAUAAAUAGACUUACAUCGGUAACCAACAAGGAUUAGUAAUUCGAAAAGAACACAUGUGGGUUACAGCUCCCAUCCAGAAGCUAAAAUCUGAGAUCGAAGUGACAUUGAGCUUAAUUUACUACGACUCUAAUGGGAUAUUACGGAAUGAAUAAUCUAGUUAACUUGUAGAAAAUCAGAGCAGUUGCUUCGAUUCGGGAUUUUAGUGAUAGAUACUAGUUACACUAAGAGAAACCACUUAUAUUUUAAAUUAUCGUCUUAUCUAUAAAAGUAUGAAUGCAAUAAGUGGUUCACGAAGAGUCAUAGUUAUCUGCGCUAUAAAUCUAUAAUUUUGUAAAUUUAAUAUAAAACUCAAUACAUGCAGUUCUGUUUUUACGUGAUUUACAUUUUUUUUGCCUUUCUCCUCAUAAAGGAUGAGUACAGCAUUUUCAAUACUACCAUA